GGCCGGGUGCCCUUCGCCGUGCCCGACAAGGUGCAGUGGCCGCAGCUGUGCGAGGCGCUCAACAUGAAGUUCAAGGCUGAGGUGCAGAGCAGCCGCGGGCUGACCAAGGAGAACUUGGUGUUCCUGGCGCAGAAGCUCUUCAACAGCACCAGCUCCCACCUGGAGGACUACAGCAGCACCACGGUGUCCUGGUCCCAGUUCAACCGGGAAAACCUGCCUGGGAGGAAUUACACCUUCUGGCAGUGGUUUGACGGUGUCAUGGAGGUGCUGAAGAAGCAUCUGAAGCCGCACUGGAAUGACGGGGCCAUUCUGGGCUUCGUGAACAAGCAGCAAGCGCAUGACCUGCUCAUCAACAAG